AGUAGUGUUUUUUCUUGAGAGGGAAAUUACUCGUGACCUCAGUGGUGCACCAACCUCGCAUAGAGUCAAUGUCAGUUUGAAGUGGCAAGAAAGAUUUUAUCAUCAGCGAAAAGAAGGCGUCUAGAAAGAUUAAGCAUUGAUUUUAUUUUGUAAAAAUCUGUGGUAGAAGUCACAGAUUAUGCAAGUCAAUUAAGUUGUUGCGAUACUUCAGUUGUGAUAAUGUGUUGUGAAUUCUGUAGGAAUAUUAUAGAACAUAGUAUCCGUGGUGUUGGUUUAGUUGUGACAAUUUAUCACUGUAUAAACUAUGUUGCAUUACCAUGGAGGUAAACACGGAACUCAGGAAACUUCCUCCAUCAGCUGUUUUUGGUCUGGUACGUAUCCUAGAGACUGGCAAUGCAUGGAAGCAGCUGAUGGCCAUUGCUCCACGCAGUAGGGAUGAAUUUGGCGAUUCGUUUGUGCCAAAAUACAAGGUGGAACAUAUGAAGUUAAUAGAGCAAGCUGGAGUUACACAGAGACGGCCUUGUGCAGAGAUAUUUCUGGAAGAGUGGGGAACAAGUGGGAGGAUACGUCCAGAUCUUGCAUACCUGGUUCAGCUGUUGGGCAAAGCACAGUUGUUCAGAGCAGCAGAUUAUGUUACAGACUUAUUGAAAGUACCACCUCUUGAGCGUCCUACUACAGGCCCAGCUGCACUAAUUGAUGUCUCUGAAGAAAGUAUGGAGAAAAAGCUUUCCAAGCUGCCACCAGGAUCUUUAGAGCUCAGAAACCAUUGUUGUCAAUAUAACACAUUUGAAAUCAACAGAGCAUUUGAUGAGAUGACUAUACCUGACAACAGCUUACCAUCACUUGAUGGACAACAUAUGCAGACAUUAGGUGAAGUGAUGCAGGAAGGGUCUGUGGUUCCUUAUGUCGAAGGGAAUAGUGUUGCUAUAACAAGACGUUUCAAAAUACCAGAAUCUGAUGAACAAUUAGAACAGGAGACUUUACCUGUGGACCUGUUGGAAAGAUCAUCAAGGAACACCUGUCUACAUCAGGAUACAUUAUUACCACAUGUGCAAUACUUUGAGCUAGAAUGUUUUACAAACUAUUUUAAUGAGUUAUCACUAGCCAGUAAUGGAGGAAGGAAACUUGGUGCAGGGGCAUUUGGUUCUGUAUACCUGGGGAUCCUUCCAUCACAAAAACAUGUGGCUGUCAAAAGAUUACACAGAGAUGCUGGCAAUGUGGAGAAACAGUUCUGCAAUGAGAUACAGGCUCUUUCAAGAUACAGGCAUAGCAACCUAUUAUGUCUGGUUGGCUACUCAUGUGAUGGUCCUGCAUACUGUCUUAUAUAUGAGUACAUGAGUAAUGGCUCAUUACAGGACAGACUUGCAUGCAAGCAUGAAGGAGUUGCACUGCAGUGGCACGUGCGUCUGAACAUAGCUCUAGGCACAGCACGUGGGAUUCUGUACCUUCACACAGCAUAUGAGAAACCUCUAAUCCAUAGGGAUGUUAAGAGUGCCAACAUUCUGCUGGAUCAGCAUCUUGUACCUAAGCUGGGCGACUUUGGGUUGGUAAGACUAGGACAGCACAGUAACUCUAUGACAGUGCCAACAACAACUGUGCUGGGUACAUCUGCUUACAUGGCACCAGAAGCUUUCAGGGGAGAUGUCUCUGUCAAACUUGAUACUUUCAGCUUUGGAGUGGUACUGUUAGAAAUUCUUACAGGAUUGCCACCAUAUGAUGAGGAGCGAGAGGGUCAUGAUCUGGUGACUCAUGUUGAAGCCAUGUGUGAGGAAAUUGGCUGUAUUAAUGUAUUACUAGACAAGCAGGCUGGAGAUUGGGGAAGGUCUUGUAUUAUUAGACAAGAAGAAGAAUCCAGUCUGGCAGACAGUCUAUAUUCACUUGCUCUGAAUUGUAUUGAAGACAACAAACGGAGACGUCCAAACAUGACAAUUGUAGUCCAAGGGUUAGAAGAAAUUGUUGGAAUCAAAACGUAACAGAAAUAGUGCUCUGCUUGUACCUCAUUUAAAGUUAGAGUAACUUGUACACAUAUCAGAUACACACUAUGUAGCAGAAAUCAAGUGUUUAAAGUUAUUUAAGUCCCACACUUAAAGUGAUUUAAACAUACAGCUGGCAUUGAAAUUCCAAUCAUUCACAAUCUCCUUGUAUGUGGCUUUUUUCUGUCUUUCAUUAGUUAAAAUUAUUUAUGUCUGAUGUAUAUUAAUCAAAGAUAUCAAUAUUGUCUAAUUUGAAGAAGAAUAUGAAUUAAUUUUAAUACAUUUUUUAAGCCAUGUCAGUAGAUAAGACAUCAAAAUCACAGUGAACACUGCAUUUCACGCUUGCCCAUCUUUAAUACAUCUGAUGGUAGCCAUGAUGGUAUUGCAGCAGAAUAACAUGUUAGGCAGACAUAUUAACGAAAGGUAAAGGAAAGCCACGAAUGGAAAAAUACAAGGAGAUAAUGAAUGACUGGAAUUAUGAUGCCAGCAGUAAGCUUACAUCACUUUUGGUGUGAAAAUUAGAAAACUUUAAGUGUUUGUUUUGUUUUAUAUUAUGUAUGUAUUUGAUAUGAUUCUCAGCAUUUUUUUAUUGUUAAGUGGUUGCAUAAUAAGAAUUAGAUCCAAUCAUAUAUGGAAUUUUUAUGUAUGUUGAUGUCAAAUAUACAAAAUUCAUUUCUAUUCAUUUUACGUAUAUUGGCAGAUUUUCAUAUGCUGAAGGAGUCUUACAUACUCUCAUUUGUAAUGUAAAUUUUUAAGUGUGCUGCAUACAUAUUCUUCAAAUAAAAAAUUCCUUAUGAACA